AUGGCAUACAAUUUAAGUGAGCGAUUUCCACCGAAUCCAAAAUCAUUUCCACUUUUAGAACCCGCUGGUGUUUAUCAGAGAACCAAUUCGAUAUUGAUUAGAUCUAAUAAAGUGCCUUUUCUUUCAAAAACUCAUAGAAAUACUGGGACUGCGUCUACUUUAUGGACGCAUGCCAUAUAUUGCGGUGACGUAUCUCAGAGAAUACCAAAUUGUACAUCUAUUUCUUCCAAAAUCCCACGCUUCUCGUAUGAACUUUUGAGUAAAGAGAAUAUAGAAGCAGUUUUAUGCAAAUGCGGAAUAGAUACCACUUGCGAAUGCUGUAGCGAGAAAGAAGAAAAAUCAGAAAACGAGAAAAUUAUUUGUCAAGGAAAAAUUCCACGAAAGAUAUUUAAGGGUAUUACUCCAAGAUCUAUAGAAAGUAAAGGUCCUUUCUCGGCUUGUGGACAUGACCAAAAUUAUAAGAUUUUUCCUGAUGGAUCCAGAAUACGUGCGCUUAAGCAAGAUGAUCCUCCAUUUUACGAUACGGAUGUGAAAGAACAUAGUGCAUUUUAUCAUGGAUGGAAAUGGAGUAAAUGGACUUCACAAAGAAUUAAUAAACUUCGAGAAACUACACCUGGACCAGCAGCUUAUAAAAUUACUACCGAACCUGCUUAUCAAACUAUAUGCGCUGAAAAGGUAAGAGAGUUAAAACGUAAAAGGUCUAAACAGUUAAGAUUUAUUGAAAUGGUUCAAAGAAAGAAUAUAUUGGAAAAUUUUCCUGGACCAGCUAACUAUCAGCCGACAUCACCAAAAGGAACAAAUUUAAACUUUUUAGGUCCUAAAGCGGAGAGAUUCAUUAGUUCGAAAUACAAUGAAAUACCUGGUCCGGCAAAGUAUAAUAUCAAGAGAGAUUUUGAAAAAGGUGAAGAACCGUUAAAAUAUUGUCACGCAAAACUGCCAAAACCUGCAGCUUUCGGAGUUAAAGCUGUGAGAUUCAAAUAUUCUUCCGGUGACGGACCUAGCCCUGCAAGUUAUGAUUCUACUUGCAAACGUAAAUUUCUUAAUUGCACUUUAGCUCCAUUCAAUUCCUCUACAAAAAGAUUCAAAGAUGAAAUUGAAAUAAGUGACGCCGAUAGUGACAGUGAAUUCGUUGCUAACGAAGCACAAGAAAGUCAAAGUAAGAAUAAACUGAAAGAUUUGCCUUCAUGGGAAUUCAGAUCCAAGACUAUAAGAAUGAAGCCUCUAUUUAAAAAGUUACACGAGCCUAGUCCGGCAGAUCUACCACCAUUAAUGAAUAAAAAGGAAAGACGACUUCAAUUUCAAUACAGUAGUCCAUUUUUUUCCUCAGAGCCUCGAUUUCAAACUUGGUUUAACUGGAUUCCUGUACACGGAGCGGGAAAUACGCCUGGGCCCGGCUACUACAAUCUCGAAAGCCCAAAAUGCUUGCCUGCAGUUCAUCAUGGACCUAUAUCUCGAAGCCUUCGCUUUAAGAGUAAUACUUUUCAAACACCGGCUCCAAAUACGUAUAAAAUUGACAAUGGAAUAGAAACUAUCUUGAAGACACACAAUGAAUCAUUAAAAGACAGAAUCAGAAAUAAAAAUAAAUUUCAUUGGAAUCCGCCCGCUAAAACGAGAUUAUUAGGAUUGAAAGAGAAAGAAAGUGCCUUACAUUUUACAAAAAAUACUGGAGUAAAACAUACUGCGACAGUUAUUUUCUUUCAUGGUUCAGGUGCUGCUGGAGACCAUAUGAAAGAGUGGGUACAUUUAAUGGCAAAAAAUUUUACAUUUCCUCAUAUAAAAAUUUUAUUCCCCACUGCCCCAUUGCAACCGUAUAUUCCAGCAGGUGGUUUAAUGAGCAAUGUUUGGUUUGAUCGUGUUGACAUUAAUAAAAGAGCACCAGAAGUGCUAGAAUCAUUGAGAAAAAUUGAAGUAAAUGUCAAGGAAUUAAUUAAAAAUGAAAAUGAUGCUGGAAUACCUAGCAAUCGAAUAAUUGUGGGUGGUUUUUCAAUGGGUGGUGCUUUAGCUCUUCACACUGCAUACAGAUGGGAUCCAAAUGUUGCUGGAGUUUUUGCUUUCAGUUCUUUUCUUAAUGACAAUUCUAUUGUUUACAAAGAACUCAAAGAAUCUCCUACGAAUGUUUCAGUUCCUCUCCUACAAAUUCAUGGUGAUUAUGAUGACCUAGUAGACAUGGCUUGGGGUCAAGAUACAUUCAAAGAACUUAAAGCUCUUGGCGUUCAAGGAGAGUUUCAUGUCAUGGAACAAUUAGGACAUUCUAUUAAUAAAAAAGGACUGAAUAUUAUAAAAGAUUGGAUUGAAAAACUUUUACCUGAUUUA